GGGCUGCAAGGAAACGAAACUAGCUCUCUCCAUCCUCCCCUCCGGGCGCCGCCCCCGAGCCUCAUAGCCCCCGAGCCCCAGCAUGGAGCGGGUCCGCACUCCGGGUCCGGCGAUUCCACCGUACGAGCCUCUGAUGGACGGGCUGGACAUGGAGGGGAAGACCCGCAGCACAGUGGUGACGGUGGAGAACCCCCAGGUGCCUCCUCCCCGCGACCACUUGGCCUGGUCGCUGUGCACCACGCUGUAUGCCAACGUCUGCUGCCUCGGCUUCCUGGCGCUCGUCUUCUCCGUGAAGUCCAGAGAUCGCAAAGUCCUGGGUGACUACAGUGGGGCGCUGAGUUAUGGCUCCACUGCCAAGUACCUGAACAUCACGGCCCAUCUGAUCAACAUCUUCCUCAUCAUCCUCGUCAUCGCCCUGGUUGCCAGCGGCACCAUUGUGGUGGCCAACAUCUUCAACCACCACCAGCAACACCCCGAAUUCAUUGGACCCACCUAGUCACUUAGUCCAUGUGCAGAGCUUCGCUUGGGGCCAUGCUUUCCUUGCUUCUUCCAACCCCCUCUCCAGUCACCGUCUGAAAAAGCUCCUCAAGACUCGCCUUGCUCUGGCAGGAACCUACAAAACUGGCUGUAGGAAUGGGAACUCCCAGACUUUGCUGCUUGCCACCUCACUCUGCCUUUUUGCUAUUGCUCCGAGUGCCUGUAAAAGCCCUUAGGGAAGCACCUCAUCAGUUUGGAAAGAAAGAAAGAAAAAAAAAAAAAAAAAAAGCACAAUAAAGGUAUCUUUCA